UUUAUUUGCUGAAUCCCCAAAAGGCAAUUAUCUAAGAUAUUUCCCUACCACGACUGCAGACAGUUCUAUGGAACUCCCACGCGAUCUCAAGCUCCUCUUCGUACCAUGGCUCGAAGACGAAUCCAUCCGCUUGGCCCUCACGGGCAGCAAAAUGGGCCACACACUCAGCCGUGCGGCAGAAAACUUGAAGCGCCAUCCGGGACCGGUGAUAGAUCAGAAGGCGUUGCGUUCAGUCAAGGGGAUCGGUCCUAAAAUCGUGGAGAACCUUGCCGCGAAGCUCAGCAAACACUGCAAGGAGACGGGUGUCGUGGAUAUCCCCGAGUUUCUCCGGGAAGUCUCCAGUGUGCCGAAGCCGAAACGUCGACACAGCGAUGUGGAAAAGGAGCUUGAGCAGUCGUUUGACGAAGAGUCGGCGCCAAAGAAGACCAGGAAAGCCAGAACUUACAUUCCCAAAAAGCACUCGGGCGGUUAUGCCAUGCUCCUUGCCUUGCUCAAAUAUGAUCUGCGACUGACUGGAAUGCUUCGCGACGAGUUGUCACGCAAGGCCUCACCUUUCUGUACCGCCACAUUCGACAGCAAUGCCCUGACCAAGGAGUUUUACUCGGCAUGGAACUCCAUGAAGACGCUCAUCAACAAGGGUUUGGUGAAGAGUGCCGGAAGGCCGGUUUACUACUAUUUGACCGAGGAGGGAAGAGAGCUUGCUGAGAGUUUGGCCUGUGUGUCGGAGGAAUUUCCAGAGAAAGAUCCAGUCCCAGCUAGCGAUAUAUUACCUGCUGAACUAACCGAAAAGAAAAACCAAACAUGCAAUCAAAAAACUCGUGACAACCCGCCCAUAGAAAAUCCUUUGGACGGUCUCUGGGAUACCCCCCCACGCCCUUCUUUCAAAAGCAACGUUUCGCAUCAAACCCGAGCUUUUGCCCCCCUUUCCGGAACCGCACCCGAACCUCUUGUUCCCUCAUUUACUUCUACGUCUCCUUGCGUCUAUCAAUCGUUCGGAAGCACCCGGUACACAACCUGGCGUAGCGAUGACUACACGGUCAAACUUCUCGUGGAUAACCGUGAGAUCCGAAGCAUGGGCCAACGCGACUAUUUCACGAAAAAGCUCAAGGAGCUAGGCAUUGACUGUGACUCCACACAGCUAACUGUGGGAGACUGCCUUUGGGUAGCGGAACACAAAAAUGGGGAAAAAUGUGUGCUUGACUUCAUUUUGGAGCGUAAGAGGUUGGACGAUUUGGCGCUGUCUAUCCGGGACGGCCGCUUUUCUGAACAAAAGACACGAUUGAAGCGCACGGGAAUCCAGAACUGCUUCUACUUGAUCGAAGAGAUUGCCUCUUUACAGGUAACCCAGAUGAUAGAGGCGAUCCAGACGGCCAUUUCCAUGACCAUGACCACAUCCAAGUUCUUUGUGAAGCGCUCGAAGGACGCCGAUGACACGAUCUGGUUCUUGGCACGCUUAACUCAGACCAUCAUCAAGGCGUACCAAGGAAAACCGCUUCUUGUACUCAAACCUUCCAACAUCCGCACCCAGAUGUUAUACCUGGAGAUUCUCCAGAACUUUCGUACAGAGUACCCGCAAGCGGAGUGUGUUUAUAACUACGACAUCUUUCUGAGUGUGAUGGCGAAAUCUGACUGCACUACCGUGCGAGAAAUGUUCAUUCGCAUGUUGAUGACCAUCCGAGGGGUGUCGUUAGACAAGGCAGUGGUGAUCCAGAAACGUUUCCAGACCCCACGUCGGCUUUUGGAGUUUUAUCACACGGAGCACAAAGACGCGGAGGAAAAAGUCAAGACCCAGUUGCUCAAGAACAUCUUUGGUACCGAGGUGGGGAACAAGAAGAUCGGCCCGGCUUUAUCUGCUAAGAUCUAUGAAACAUGGGGAAAGAUUAGCUAUUAAAACUGCUUAAACAUAGGUUGACACUGGAGAACCUACUUGCCUCAAUUCUAUAUAAGCAAUCACGGUGUGCUCUGAUCAGGGACUCGAAUUUGUCCUCGAUUAUUGUUUCAGCCAAUGGAGAGUCCAUAUUCACAUCACUGAGGCCCAUCUGCUUAAAGUAAACUCGCUUUUUGGAGAAAGGAGUAUUUCUGAGGAAUAUAUGUAUUUAUCUUAUACUGAAGCUUCAUUUUGUG